GUUUUAUUAUUCUUUUAUAGAGGUAUUUUUGUAAUUUGGCACUGUCAUUACUCCACAGGGACGGUUCUGCUUUGCUUGCAGCAUCUAAACCCGGAAGUUGUGGUAUCCAUGGUAACAAGGUAAACCGACGUGACGCCGUCUUCUGUAGAAGCAAACUAAACCUUGUUGGUUCGUUUUCACAGAAGAUUCUAAUGUCUCGAAAGGCGCUAAAAGUGGUGGUUGAACUAAAAUUCCGAGCGGUUUCUUGUCCUGGAGUUCAUCUAGCAGCCAAAGAUGACGUCUACCUCAGCAUGUGCUUCAUGGGUCAGUGCCGUCAGUCUGAAAGCCUCCCUGCACUCUUCCCUCUGCUGUUCCACGAGAAGAUGACCUUUGAAAAGAUUUUCAGGCAUGCAGUCGACCCUGGAGACAUCGCUGUGAUGCUGGAAUACGAGACAGUCAGAGUUGAACUGGUGCAACUGAUUCCUCCAGUGGGCGUCACUCUGGCCUGCUUUGAAGAAGAUGCUCGAAACUUCUUAUUCCCAGAGCCCAAGCUGGUUCCCUCGUUUUCUGGAGUGGACCGAGAGGUUCUGAUGACCCGAGCGCCUCAUUUUCCGGGUAUCGCUCCAAGGUUGGAGUUUUCCACCAAGACGACCAUCAUUGAGUGCUCACCUGACGCAGAGAUCAACUUUUACCCCAACGUUCCCCUGAGGCCAGUGUUAAAGAAGAACAGGAGGCGUUCCGACAGACCCAGAACCACCUCUCCUCAUCACAAACAACCUGAAACCCUUGGAAGGAAUGGAGGUGGCAGAGUGGAAGGAGAGAGACGCAGCAUCGUCAGGCCGUCGUCGUACAGAUGUCAGUCUCUUUCUCCUCUGAGGACCAGAAACGUCCAGCAUCUCACUCGCCUCAGACUGGACUCCUGCCACAAAAACAGCAACAAUCAGCCUAUGAUGUGUUCGUGGCCUGGAGCCAGUCGGUCUGCCUCGCCCCAGCGCUCUGCAAUGUUUACCAACUCCUCCUCACCUUUGACCAGGUCUUCCUCCACAGUGAGAUAUUCUCAAACUGCCCGAAGAAAAUCUAUGUCCAGUGGCUUGGUUGGAGGAACAUCUGAAGACGACUCUAGCUCCUCAGAAACACUCGAUCCCUCUGACUGCCAUCAUUCCUCCAACCCCUCAGUGUUAUGGCGGUCUUACAGAGGACAGGCCAGACACGGCAGGUCAGAGUCCAGUUCUCACAGAGAAUGGGAGGAGAUCCAGGAGCGUGUCCGAGGACUCCUUACAACACCGAAAGCCGUACGCCGACUUGUCUAUGGGGCCACGGUUUCUGAGGUGGAUGAAGUUUUAGCCAGGAGAUCCAUCUCUCCAGGUCCACCAUGAUGACCAUGUCUAAGGUAAAGGGACCAUUGCCUUGCCAAUGAAGUCUUCAGUCUGUGCUGAUGUGUGUGUGCGAGAGAAAGGUAUUUCCAUUGCAGUGGUCUGGUUGAUUCCCACACAUCCUGUAUUAAUGACUGGGAAAAGGGUGUUUCAUAUUCAAAUAAACCUAUUAGACCCGAAA